CUGUCAGGAAAGAUGGACUUGGGGAAAGGCAAGCUCCUCAGAACUGGUCUGAACGCCCUCUACCAGGCGAUACAUCCCAUCCAUGGCAUUGCCUGGACCGACGGGAAGCAGGUGGUCCUGACGGCCCUUCAGCUCCAGAUCAAGGAGCCCAAGUUUGGGGACUCGAAGAUCAUCGGGCAAUUUGAGCAUGUUUACGGACUGUCCUGGGGCCCCGUGGGGGCGGAGGGCACCCCGACUCUGCUGGCGGUCCAGCACAAGAAACACGUCACCGUGUGGCAGGUGUGCUUGAGCUCCUCAGAGAGAGGCAAGAUCCUGGUGUCCCAGACGUGCGAGAUCGGGGAGCCCUUCCCCGUGCUCCCUCAGGGCUGCGUGUGGCACCCCAAGAAGGCCAUCCUCACCGUGCUCACCAGCCACGAAGUCUCCGUGCUCCCCUCCGUGCACUGCGACAGCACCCGGGUGAAGGCCGACCUGGUCAAAGUCCAGGGUUUUGUGCAUUGCGGAUGCUGGACCCAGGACGGCCAGAGGCUGGUGGUGGCCGUGGGCAGCGCCUUGCAUUCUUUCACGUGGGACGACUCCCAGAAAUCUCUGCAGCCGUGCGCUUUCUGCCCCGUGUUCGACAUGGGCAAAAACAUCUGCUCUGUGCUGGCCACCGUGGACAUGCAGAUUGCCGUGGCCACCGAGCUCCCGCUGGACAAGAUUUGUGGCCUGAACUCAGUAGAGUCCUUCGAGAUGCCCACGUUGGAGGAGGCGCAGCCCUCCAGCACCUCUUCGUCGCCGGCAGCCAUUGCAGAGGAGUCCUUGAUGGACACCGGAAAAGUGUCCCCCGACUCGGAGCGGUCCUCCUCCUCGGCUUCCCUCUCGUCCUCCUCUCUGGACUCCUUGGAUCUGACCCAGAUGCUGCCCAGGAACUAUCAGUCGGACACAAACUUUUUCUUCCACCUCAGAGAGAAGGAAUACUUGGCUCGGGCUGGCAAGGAGUCCUCCCACUUGGUCCUGGUGACCUUCGAUAGGAUGGUCACCACCACCCGGAAAGUGGGCGUCCCUGGCAUCCUGGUGCCGGACCUCCUGGCGUACGACCCCAAGUCCCAGGUGAUGGCCGUGGCCUCCAACACGUGCCACACCAUUCUGGCCUACUCCCUGAUCCCCGCCUUGGCGCCGGGCGUCCAGUGCAUCCGCCUGGAGAACUGUGAGAGGCCCAAGGGCAUCUGCUUCUUGUCUGACAAACGGCUCCUGAUUUCGGUCGGGAAGCAGAAGUUCACGGAUCCCACCUUCCUGCCUUCCUCCAAGUCUGACAUGUACAACAUUCACCUGGAGGUCAAGGAAGUCGACUUUGGGAAGGAGCCCUCCAUGACGUCGGUCUGGAGCCAGCGAGACUUCUGCAACAUCAGCCUGGGGCUGGGCAUGGCCAGUAAGAGGAAGCCGGUGGACAGCCUUUGCCUCAACACCUACCCCCAGAAGAGGGACCUGCUCAUCCCCGGAAGGAUCCAGUGUCUGCCUCUGGGGAAGUCCCUGAUCGAGGACAUCACCGGAGCUUCGGGCUCCCAGAGCUCCAGGCCCUGCACCUCACCGCUGGGCAAGCCCAAGCUGACCUCCAGCACCGUCAUCUCCAUGGAAGGGCUGGAGGGCAUAUCCGGCAUCCGGUCCUCGGCCGCCCUCCUCCCCAAUGCCAGGCCAAUCUUACCCAUAACCCAGUACAGCCCCAUUCGUGAGCCCCUGAGCUUCCCUCAAGGCAGAGUCUCCAAGACCGAAGAGGGAGAGGGUCAGCUCUGCGGGAUGCUGGAGAGGCUCUCGGGGAGCUUCACGGACCUCCAGCAAUACCUCUCCCAGCUCAUAGACCUCCUGCUUGAGAAGAAGCAGCCGCUGCCCCUACCCCGUUACCCACUCUCUCAAGACCCAUCUUUUCUUCUCAUCACAUACCAGAAGCCGUCCUCAGCAGGGGCUGUGGUGGACAAGCGAGCGGUCCUUCUCUGCGAUGGCAAGGUGCGCCUCCAACAAGUCCAACAGGUGUUUGGCCUCUCUCUGGUGGAGAUGCAAUUUGGUUCCCUCUGGAUCCUCCUCUCUGCUGAUAGCGAAGGCUUCGUCCCUCUCAUAUUCUCGGCUGCCCAGGAGGUCAACAUCCGAGAUGGGAGCACUGGUGGCCCGCUGACCUCCACCCAAGCACACUCCUGACCAGAUCUGCUCACCCCAAAGUGUACCUGGUGCUGUGCUUGGCCCUGAAAAUGCAAAGGAGGAAAACAGGUCAGUCCCUUCCCUCCAGGCACUGCCAGUCUGUUGAGGGACACUGAUCUGUGUGGGGAGAAUGUAGACAAAAUGAAGACAAGAGUCUGUGGGGAGGGGUUCUCUAGAAAGUGGGGGCCCUGAGCUGAGUCUUAAGGGAACUGAGAGGCAGGAGAGAAAAGGGUGAAUGUUCCUGGGAGGAGGGACAGCCUGGGCAAAGGCAGAGUAAGGAGAUGGAAGCCAUUGACCCCGGAUGGUGAUCCUGAGGUGGGGGGUAAGGUGCAAGAACACUGGAGAGAUGUGCUGGGGGGGAUGGUGCAAGGUCUCUUCAGGGGCUGAAUAGAGAAUGGACUACUGGGGGCAGAGCCUGGAGGCAGGAGGACCCCACCCCCAGCAGCUUAUAAAGGUUAAAUUUGGAUUUUGUAUUUAUAAGAGUUUUAAAUUCAAUGUUGUGGUCACCAAAUUCAAAAUAUUAUCCCUAAGCUAGAAAAAACUGUUAACAGCUUUUAUUUAUAAUGAGGAAAAGAAAGAGUUG